UUUAUUAUGUUUGGUUUAACUGUUAAAAUAAUGUUUAUUCAGUUAUCAAUCUGAUAUAAUCCAAACAAAAUGAAUAUGCAGCAAAAAGUUGAAUGAAAUCGAUAUUGAAAAUGAUAUUUUUGAAAUAUGGAUAUUAAACAAGAAUUAAGUGAUAAUGUUGCUGAGGCUGCUAUUCAAAAUAUCAAUAUUAUUAAACAAGAAAUAAAGGACGAAAUAAACACAGUUGGAGAAUCUGUGAUUAAAAUUAAAAUAUCGAGGUACUGCUCUCAUAAGGUUAAUGUACCUAACAUUGGAAAUAAAUUUAAUUAUGCUAGAAAACGAAAUAAAUCAAAAGUUGCAGGAUUUCUUAGUAAUGGACAUCUUAAUCUAGAUAUUAUUGCUGGGAUUAUGAUCUGUAGAUUUUGUGGAAAUUUAUACACGGAACUAAAAGAAUUCGUUCAUCACUUCUCUACAAAUCAUUGUGUGAAUAAGAGAAAAUUAUAUUUGGAAACUAAGUUAUACAAGAAAAAUCUAUUUUACAGAAGAAGACAUGAAACUUAUGCUGUCAUUCCAAGGAUUCGUUAUGAAGAUGUUAAAAAUGAAAUUGAAAUUGUGGAACAUGCUUUGAAAGAAGAAAAAGAUAUCAGCUUUAUUGAUAAUUUUGAGUUGAGUUUAGAUGAUAAUAAGAAAUUGGAGAAAAGUGAAUUAAACGGACAUAUGCCUGUUUACACAAACGAAAAUCUCAUUCAUACUGGAAAAAAGCCAUUCCAAUGUAAAAUUUGUUUAAAAACAUUUACACAGAAAAGUCAUUUAAACGAGCAUUUGCGUUGUCACACUGGUGAAAAGCCAUUCAAAUGUAAAAUUUGUUCAAAAACUUUUACACAGAAACAUAGUUUGAUUGCACAUUUGCGCUUGCACACAGGAGAAAAGCCAUUGAAAUGUGACGUUUGUUCGAAAGCUUUUAGGCAAAAAAGUAAUUUUGAUGAACAUAUGCGUAUUCACACCGGAGAAAAGCCUUUCAAAUGUAACAUUUGCUUAAAAACUUUUUCGCAGAAACAUAGUUUAAUUGACCAUUUGCGUUGUCACACAGGAGAAAAACUAUUCAAAUGUGACGUUUGUUCAAAAACUUUUAAGCAGAAAACUAAUUUCGGUACACACAUUCGCAUUCACACUGGAGAAAGGCCAUACAAAUGUGACAUUUGUUUGAAAACUUUUACUCAGAAAAGUAAUUUAAACGAACAUUUGCGUUGCCAUACAGGAGAAAAACCAUUCAAAUGUAAAAUUUGCUUAAAAACUUUUUUGCAGAAACAUAGUUUGAUUGAACAUUUGCGCUUGCACACUGGAGAAAAGCCGUUCAAAUGUGACGUUUGUUUAAAAACUUUUAGGCAGAAAAGUAAUUUUGGUACACAUAUGCGCAUUCACACCGGAGAAAAACCAUUCAAAUGCGAUAUUUGUUCAAAUACUUUCGCACGGAAAUGUAGUUUGAAGCAACAUUUGAAUCGGCACAAAGAAGAACAGCUAUUUAAAUGUGCUACUUGCUUCAAGCCUUUUUCAAGGAAAACUAGUUUGAUUACACAUCUGCUGUCUCACACAGGAUAUUCAAACAAAAUGGAUGUGCAGCAAAAAGUUGUUAAGAGUGAAAUCGUUAUUGAAAAUAAAAUUUUUUGGAAUAUGGAUAUUAAACAAGAAUUGAGUGAUGUUGCUGUGGAUGAUUUUCAAAAUGUUGAUAUUAAUAUUAUUAAACAAGAAAUUAAUGACGAAAUACACACAGUUGGAGAAUCUGUGAUUAAAAUCAAAACAAAGAGGGACAGGUCUCACAAGGUUAAUGUAUCCAACAUUGGGAACACAUUUCAAUAUUCUGGAAAACGAAAUAAAUCAAAAGUUGCAGGAUUUCAUAAAAAUGGACAACAUCCAAAUCUAGAUAUUAUUGCUGGGAUUAUGAUCUGUAGAUUUUGUGGAAAUUUAUACACGGAACUAAAAGAAUUCGUUCAUCACUUCUCUACAAAUCAUUGUGUGAAUAAGAGAAAAUUAUAUUUGGAAACUAAGUUAUACAAGCAAAAUAUAUUUUACAGAAGAAGACAAGAAACUGAUACUGUCGUUCCAAGGAUUCGUUAUGAAGAUGUUAAAAAUGAAAUUGAAAUUGUGGAACAUGAUUUGAAAGAAGAAAAAGACAUCAGCUUUAUUGAUAAUUUUGAGUUGAAUUUAGAAGAUAGUAAGAAUUUGGGGAAAAGUGAAUUAAAAGGACGUAUGCCUGUUUACACAAACGAAAAUUGCAUUCAUACUGGAAAAAAGCCAUUCCAUUGUAAAAUUUGUUUAAAAACGUUUUCACAGAAACAAAGUUUAAUUGAACAUUUGCGUAGUCAUACAGGAGAAAAACCAUUGAAAUGUGUCGUUUGCUCAAAAAAUUUUAGACAUAAAAGUAGUUUUGAUGUACAUAUGCGUAUUCACACUGGAGAAAAACCAUUCAAAUGUAACAUUUGCUUAAAAAUUUUUUCACUGAAAACUCAGUUGAAUAUACAUAUGCGCAUUCAUACUGGAGAAAAGCCCUACCAAUGUAACAAUUGUUUGAAAACUUUUAGACAGAAAUGUCAUUUAAACGAGCAUUUACGUUGUCACACUGGAGAAAAGCCAUUCAAAUGUAAAAUUUGUUUAAAAACUUUUACACAGAAAAGUCAUUUAAACGAGCAUUUGCGUUGUCACACUGGCGAAAAGCCAUUCAAAUGUAACAUUUGUUCAAAAACUUUUUCACAGAAAUGUUAUUUGAUUGAACAUUUGCGCUGUCACACAGGAGAAAAACCAUUCAAAUGUGACGUUUGUUUAAAAGCUUUUGGACAGAAACGUAAAUUGAAUGUACAUAUGCAAAUUCACACAGAAAAAAAUCUAUUAAAAUGUGAUGUAUGUUCAAAAACAUUUUUACUGCAAGCUCAUUUGAAUACACAUAUGCGCAUUCACACUGGAGAAAAGCCAUUCAAAUGUGACGUUUGUUCAAAAACUUUUUUACUGAAAGUUUAUUUAAAUACACAUAUGCGCAUUCACACUGGUGAAAAGCCAUUUGAAUGCAACCUUUGUUCAAAAACUUUUUCGCAGAAACGUUAUUUGUUCGAACAUUUGAGCUAUCACACAGGAGAAAAGCCAUUCAAAUGUGACGUUUGUUUCAAAGCUUUUAACCACAAGAAUACCCUGAAUGUACAUAUGCAAAAUCACACAGGAAAAACACCAUUAAAAUGUGAGGUUUGUUCAAAAACUUUUUCACAGAACCGUAAUUUGAUCGAUCAUAUGCGUAGUCACACAGGAGAAAAGCCAUUCAAAUGUGAAACUUGUUCAAAUACUUUUUCACAAAAACGUAAUUUGAUCGGACACUUGCGUUGUCACACAGGAGAAAAGCCAUUCAAGUGUGACGUUUGUUCAAAAGCUUUUAGGCAGAAAAGUAACUUAAAUGUACAUAUGCGCAUUCACACUAGAGAAAAUCCAUUCAAAUGCGAUAUUUGUUCAAUCACUUUCGCACAAAAAUGUAGUUUGAAUCACCAUUUGAAGUGGCACAAAGAAGAACAGCUAUUUAAAUGUGCCACUUGCUUGAAAUCUUUUUUAAAGAAAACUAGUUUAAUUGCACAUUUGCUGUCUCACACUGGAGAAAAGCCAUUCAAGUGCGACGUUUGUUCAAAAGCUUUUAGGCAGAAAAGUACCUUGAAUGUACAUAUGCGCAUUCACACCGGAGAAAAACCAUUCAAAUGCGAUAUUUGUUCAAAUACUUUCACACAGAAAUGUAGUUUGAAUCAACAUUUGCAUCGACACAAAUAA